AUGCCCUUAUUACUGUACGGCGAGGGUGAAAUGGCGUUCAUUCGUCUUCAAAAAGAGAUCAUGAGGCGGACAGAUGACCAGUCAAUAUUUGCUUGGUUGUUACCUGGACCUUCAGACAGACUUUCUCGAAGCACUGGUUUCCUCGCCAAGUCACCAUCCUAUUUCGAUCAGUCUAACGGCGUCACCAGAAUUGAUGCCGACCAUCGCGUGGCACCGUAUUCGUUCACCAACAAAGGCAUCCAGAUCGAGAUGCCAAUACUCGACCCGAGCAGCUCAAAACAUGGCUUCUCAUUUAUUCCCGGAGAUAAUAGUGAGAAGAUUGGUUCGGCCGCGGGAAUCUCUUUUACGUUCUCCCCAACAAGCACGAUAGCGAUACUCAACUGUCGCAGAGCGGGUCGUCAUAUCGGUCUCUAUCUGGAGAGAACGAGCGAUCUCGAACCAUUCUACAGGUGCAGUCACAAGCUAGGCUUUGUCUCUGUCCCAGAUGAUUGGGUUAAAGAGGCGAAACUUGAGACUAUUCUUGUCAGGGCUGAAGAUCCGGGAGACAUGGAGUCGCUUUGUGGUAAGGAUUCCGAUGCGCAGCACAUUGUCGUGGAGUUUCCACAGGAACAGAAUCAUGGGUACGACACUGUCAAGGCAUUUCCAGCGGACAGAUGGGUUAGCAGUGGCCCGUGGAGCCACUCAAUCAUGCUCUCUUACGACAUUGAGACGAGUGGUAAGGAUGAAGUCCCUUAUCUACACGUCCAAAACGAAGUAGCUGAGACCGGCUUCUGUCUAGUCUUCAAAUUCAAAGCUCCAGGUCCACAUAAUGCGUGUCUUCUGAUGGACAUGGCUGCUGGCGAAAUCCCGACUAUCCCACAGUCGUCGUCUUUCGUCGUUGCUGGUCUUCCAGCGGAGAGUCGCCUGAAAGGGACAGGGAAAUGGGAGAAGGUCACGGCCGAGCUGACCACUUCACGGUUUGCUAAGGUUUGGAAGAUAGCGAUGGAGAAAAUUCGGGACACUUCAGAUGCACGGGUAUGA